AUGUUUGAUAUAAAAGCUUGGGCUGAGUAUAUUGUAGAAUGGCCUGCAAUGGGCCCACAUGGCUUCCUUACAACAGUUAUUUUGGCUCUUACUCCACUGUUUUCAGCAAGUGCUGUACUGUCCUGGAAAUUGGCCAGGGUGAUCGAGGCCAGGGAAAAGGAGCAAAAGAACAAACAAAAACGUCAAGAAAAUAUUGCAAAAGCUAAACAACUAAAAAAAAGUUUGAAGGAAUGA